CGGAGCGGGACUCACCUGGGGUAGGGGUGGGAGUGGAGCUGCCCCCAAAGUGUGGAGCCCCGGGCCCAUUGUGUUUGCAGCCUCGGGCCUGUGGGGGCUGGAGGAGCAGAGGAGGAUCGUGUGUCUGAGUGUGAUAGGCUGUGUGUAGUGCGUGUGUGUGUUUGCGCGCGCCUGCACACCCACACUUAGCAGGACCGAAUCGGGGCUCCUGUCGGCGUGCGCGGUUGUCAGUCUGAUACUGGUGCUUGCCUCAGUGGUGAGCGUCACGGACCCACACUCCUGCUGCUUUCCCCACCCUCCCCUCACAGCCCUGGGUGUCGGCACAGAGCUGUCCUCAAGAGGAAAGUCCAAUAAGAUGAAGGCCCUAGGAGGAAGUUUCCCAGCAAGAAGGCACAGUCCUGGACAAAGGAUGGGGCUAUUGAAGCUAGAAUUGUCUCGGAGACAGAUUCCUGGGAUGAAAUGAUGGGAAGCGUUCCUACUUCAGGCGCUGCGGUUGCUGCUACAUUUUUCAGGAACCGCAGCAUUCCCAUACCUCGGAUUCUAGGAAGCUGCUGUGAUUUCAAAGACAAGUUCCAGCCUCCUUCUCCCAUCCGGUCCGUAUGUGUGAGCCCUGGCCUCUCCGGACUCUGAGCUUUUCCAGCGGAGGAAGCCCAAAGAGCACUAACAAGUUCUUGCAGCUCCAGAACCAUGGCCCAUGUAAGUUCACGCCUCUCCUCCUCGAAGUCUUGUGGUUUUGAAUGCAUGUGAUCCUUAUUAUCCUGAGACUUCCUUCCUGAGGCGACCCUGUUGCUGAAGUUGCCCGGAGUUACUCCGAUCACAGUGAAGGAUGGUGCCACACAACCGAGUGGCCUCCUGUUUACCCGGCUUGCCUCCCACCUGUGUUCACCUCUCCAAGUGCCCCCGACUCUCUCAGGAGCAUGAUGGAGCAGGGAAGGGUAAAGGUGCUUGAGGAAGGCACUUGAACGUCCCUUGUUAGAGUCAUGCUUCCGUGACACAGAGAUGAUGACCCCUUUAGACUCCACAGACCCGAGUUUUGCUGAGUGAGAAGGUGGUAUUCAGUGUGGAGCAUUCGGCACGUGGCAAGAGCUCCCAUCUGGAGAGACGGGUAGGAGCAGACUGGAGUGCAGCUGAGGCCUUCAUGUGGGGAUUUCAGGGAUUCAUCCAGGGGGUCCCCUGAGGGAUGAGCAAUAGGACAGAAGUCAAUUUCGUGGUUGAGAAGGGGUGCUGGUCUCUAGUGAUGUCUGUAUGUCGCGGAUCGUCCCACAGCGGCAUCCUCCAGCUCCGGAGCAAGAUGAGGGCUCCUGAGGGAUCCGCUGGACGCUCAGGGGGAAUGAAGAAAGCUGUGGGAACUGGGGAAGACCUCAGAUGUCUCGUCCCCCCGAAAUGCCUAAGGAUGACAGAAGGACAGAUGUCCUUGUCAUUCACGGACGUGGCCAUAGACCUCUCCCAGGAGGAGUGGGAAUGCCUGGACCUGGAUCAGAGGGCCUUGUUCAGGGAAGUGAUGCUGGAGAACUACAGAAACUUGGUCUCAUUGGGAUGUCCCACUCCUAAGCCAGACGUGAUUACUUUGCUGGAGCAAGAGAAAGAGCCCUGGGUGGUAAUGAGAGAAGGAACAAGAAAUUGGUACACAGAUUUGGAGUCUAAGUAUGUCACCAAUAAGUUAUUUCCAGAAAAGGAUAUUUGUGAAAUAUAUUUAUCUCAGUUGAAGAUAGUGAACAAAAGCAAAACUUACAUGCAUGAAGACACCACUUUCAGAAAUGACAUGCAGUGUAAACAUGAGUUCGGAAGGCAAGGACAUCAGAUGAAAUGCGCCCGUCAAAUGAUAAUCCAAAAACAUAUAUCUCUUCCUCUACAUCAGAAAAUUCAUGCUAUAGAGAAAUCAUACGAAUGUAAGGAAUGUAGGAAGGCUUUUAGACAACAGUCAUACCUUAUUCAACAUCUAAGAAUUCAUACUGGUGAGAGACCCUAUAAAUGUAAGGAAUGUGGAAAGGCCUUUUGUCGUGUAGGGGACCUUAGAGUACAUCAGACAAUUCAUGCUGGGGAGAGACCCUAUGAAUGUAACAACUGUGGGAAGACCUUUAGACUUCAUUAUCACCUUACUGAACAUAAGAGAAUACAUUCUGGUGUGAAACCCCAUGCGUGUAAGGAAUGUGGAAAGGCCUUUAGUCGUGUUCGAGACCUUAAAGUACACCAGACAAUUCAUGCUGGCGAGAGACCUUAUGAAUGUAAAGACUGUGGGAAGACCUUUAGACUUCAUUAUCAACUCACUGAACAUCAAAGAAUUCAUACAGGUGAGAGGCCUUACAAAUGUAAGAUUUGUGGAAAGACCUUUAGGGUACAACGGCAUAUUAGUCAACAUCAGAAAAUUCAUACUGGUGUAAAACCCUAUAAAUGUAAUGACUGUGGGAAAGCCUUCAGUCAUGGCUCAUACCUUGUUCAACAUCAGAAAAUUCAUACUGGUGACAAACCCUAUGAAUGUAAAGAAUGUGGUAAGUCAUUUAGUUUUCACGCAGAACUUACUAGACAUCAUAGAAUUCACACUGGUGAGAAACCCUAUGAAUGUAAAGAAUGUGGAAAAGCCUUUCGUCUCCAAACAGAACUUACUCGUCACUGUAGAAUUCAUACUGGAGAGAAACCCUAUGAAUGUAAGGAAUGUGGGAAGGCCUUUAUUUGUGGCUAUCAACUUACUUUACAUCUGAGAGCUCAUACUGGUGAGAUUCCCUAUGAAUGUAAGGAGUGUGGGAAAACCUUCAGUAGUCGCUACCAUCUUACUCAACAUUAUAGAAUUCAUACUGGUGAGAAACCCUAUGGAUGUAAAGAAUGUGGGAAGGCUUUUCGUCUUCAAGCAGAACUUACCCGACAUCACAGAAUUCAUACUUGUGAGAAACCAUAUGAAUGUAAGGAAUGUGGAAAGGCCUUUAUUCGUAGCAAUCAACUUAUUUCACACCAGCGAAUUCACACCAAUGAGAAUACCUAUGAAUGCAAGGAAUGUGGGAAGAUUUUUAGUCGCCGCUACAAUCUUACUCAACAUUAUAAAAUUCAUACUGGUGAAAAACCCUAUUUAUGUAAAGAAUGUGGGAAGGUCUUUCGCUUUCAAACAGAACUUACUCAGCAUCGCAGAAUUCAUACUGGCGAAAAGCCCUAUAAAUGUCAGGAAUGUGGGAAAGCCUUUAUUCGUAGCAAUCAUCUUACUCAGCAUCACAGAAUUCAUACUGGUGAGAAACCCUAUGAAUGUAAAGAGUGUGGGAAAACCUUUAGUCGUCACUAUCAUCUCACUCAACAUCACAGAAUCCAUACUGGUGAGAAACCCUACAGAUGUAAUGAAUGUGGGGAGGCUUUUAUUUGUAGUUAUCAACUUACCUUACAUCAAAGAAUUCACACUGGUGAGAUUCCGUAUGAAUGUAAGGAAUGUGGAAAGACUUUUAGUCGCAGGUAUCACCUGACUCAACAUUUUAGACUUCAUACUGGUGAGAAACCUUAUGGGUGCAAAGAAUGUGGGGAUGCCUUUCGUCUUCAGGCAGAACUUACUCGACAUCACACAGUUCACACUGGUGAGAAACCCUAUAAAUGUCAAGAAUGUGAGAAGGCCUUUAGUGUUAAGUCAGAACUUACACGACACCACAGAAUUCAUACUGGUGAGAGGCCCUAUAAAUGUAAAGAAUGUGGGAAAGCCUUUAUUCGUAGUGAUCAACUCACUUUACAUCAGAGAAACCAUAUUAAUGAGGUAACUCUAUGCCUAAUGUAAAGAGGAUACAGUGGCCUUUAGAAAAUGCCUUUUAUAAUGAUAGAGAAUUCAUAAUUUAAGAAAGUUUUUACUUGUUAGGGGACAUGAGGGAACCACUUUUACUUCAUGCCCAAAACUUAACAGAAAUAGUUUUAUAUUAUACAUAUUGACUUAAAAGAGUUGAAAAAUUAUAGCAUCACCCAGUCCUGGUUAAAGAAUGAUACUGUUGUAGUGCAUCUCAAACCAAGAUGAAGGGUGCCUGCUUCUCCCCCACCCCAAAAUUGUUGGUUCAUCGGUACUUUUACAAGAUGCGAUGAAAUGUUAUUGCUAGGAAAAUGAAAGAAAAACAGAUGCAAAAGCCCCGCUUUUAAAAUUACUGGAUUUAAUAGACCUACAUCAACUCUAAUAUUUAAUAAAUGUUUCUAAAUGUUUGCUCUCAGUGUCUGUACCAGAAGCAAACCAUCUGUGGACCAUAAUCAGUACAUAGGACCAUACUUUAUAUAAACAGCAUUGUAACAGAAGAUAAUUCUGUUAAUGUGAUGGAUGUGGUAGAUCUUUAGCCAUGGCACAUCUUUACUAUAAUUCUUAUAAUUCCACCCCUGCCUGUGUGGUAUUAGCAAGACACUUCUCCCCUCUGUGCCUCAGUUUUAAAGUGAUGAUGAUAGUACUUACCUAAUAAUACUUUUUUUUUUUUUUUCUUUUUAAGGCCAUGCCUGCAGCAUAUGGAAGUUCUCAGGCUAGGAGUCAAAUCAGAGCUGCAGCUGCUGCUAUACUAUGCCAUAGCCACAGCAAUACCAGAUCCAAGCCACAUCUUCGACCUACACCACAGCUUGCAGCAACACUGGAUCCCACUGAGUGAGGCCAAGGAUCAAACCCACAUCCUUAUGUAUAAUAGUCGGGUUCUUAACCUGCUGAACCACAAUGGGAACUCCUCUGAUAAUACUUUCUUAAAGGAUAAAAUGUUAAUGAAAAACAAAACCUUUAGAAGAGAAUUGUUCAAUAAGUAUUAUUUUAUUAGCAGUAGUAGUAAUAUUAGUAAAUUCAUGCGAGAAGACCCAAAUUUGUAAAAACUGUCCACUACCUUUCAUUUUGUUUAAAUUACCGUUAAUUAUGGAUGAAAUCUAGUAAAAUAAACUUUCGAAAAUUCAGAAGUCAUUUCUGAAAACUAAUAUGAGAAAGAAAUCUCAAAAAAAAAAAAAAAAAAAAAAAAAGGAGUUCCCAUCAUGGCUCAGCAGAAACAAAUCUGACUAGUAUCCAUGAGGAUGUGGGUUCGAUCCUUGGCCUUGCUCAGUGGGUUAAGGAUCCAGCAUUUCCAUGAGCUGUGCUGUAGGUUGCAGAUGUGGCUUGGAGCCCGUGUUGCUGUGGCUGUGACGUAGGCUGGUGGCUCCAGCUCCGAUUAGAUCCCUUGCCUGGGAACCUCCACAUGCUGUUGGGGCGGCCCUAAAAAAAAAAUCUCUAGAGUUGAUGGAUAUGGAGAUUAUAAGAGUAAAGCUUCUGAAGGAUCAGGAAGAGCUGUGAUACUUUUUAUAAUUCAUAAAGCAGACAUGUUACAGUCUGCUUUGCCGCAAAUUCAUGACAAAUUAGAAAUUAACAAUGAAAAAGGCAUUGUUCAUUUAGGAAAAAAAUAAAAGUACAAUAUAGUACAAUAGUACAAUAAAGUACAAAUAGUACAAUGCACACUGGUAUGCCCUCUGUAGAUUCACUGGUCAAUAAUACAUUGUCAUACCUGGUUUCUUCUAUAUAAUUUUUGACAUUUUUUUCUGUAGUAUUUGAGUAUAAAUAUAGACAUCAUGACAUUUCACACACACAUAUAUAUUUCUCUGUAUCAUGCAACUCCUAAGAAUAAAGGCUGCCUCCUACAUAAUCACUAUGUAACUUUACACCUAAGGAGAUUAACAGCAGUGCCAUAUCUGUAAUAUUACAUAUAGAUAACCAGUGCCUUAACCCAAGAUAUCUAAAAGAAUGUCCAGGAACAGUAGUAUUUAAUGGUACUUGAGAAAUGUUCUGUGGUCACAGACACUUAUGAAGUUCUGAAUACUAAAUCCUUUCUAAGGAAAAAAAAAAAGCUUUAUUACGAAACUAUCAAAGGACUUAAGAGGCCUACAAUAAAGAAAAUUUGCUUAACUUGGUUAUCCUAUUGUAUCUCCAACUUUACUAAGAAAGUCCCAUUCGCAAUGCCUAAUAUCUUUGGGAUGUGAAUCCACAUCCCAUAUAUUAGUGAUAAUAGUAAAUUCAUGUGAGAGGAAGAUCCUAUGAAUGUAAAGAAUUUGUAAAAACUGUCCACUACUGGAGUUCCUGUCAUGGCACAGUGCUUAACGAAUCCGACUAGGAACCAUGAGGUUGUGGGUUCGAUCUCUGCCCUUGCUCAGUGGGUUAAGGAUCCGGCGUUGCCAUGAGCUGUGGUGUAGGUGGCAGAAGUGGCUCAGAUCCCGAGUUGCUGUGGCUCUGCUGUAGGCCGGCGGCAUCAGCUCUGAUUAGACCCCUAGCCUGGGAACCUCUAUAUGCCUCGGGUACGGCCCUGAAAAAGACAAAAAAAACAAAAAACUGUCCGCUACCUUUUUUCACUAUUUCAGAUAUACUUCAGUGAUCACUUGUCUGUGAUUACUGGAUUGCGUGAGCUGGAAUUUAAUUGUAUGCAUGUGGGAGUAGAAUCACUUAUACAUUAUGUAUUCUUUAUGUAUGUUGUAUAUUGCUAAACUGGCCAUAGGUUACAUGCACUUCCAAUUCUACUACAUGGUGCCAAAUUGUUCUCUUAGGCUCCUAUCAAAUUGAGUAUUCUUAUAGCCUCACAGUAGAUAUGUUUUAAUAAAUAUUUUCAUAAAUUUCAA